AUGGUUCUUGUUGAAGACGUCUCAUCAAAUUCGGAUUCAUCACCAACACCAAAUAGAAGUAAUGAAGCAUCAUCAUCAUCUCCUCCACCACCACGUCCAUCAACAGCAGUCCCACGUUCACUCAUUAGCAUGUUACUUGAACGUAAAGUCGAUGCUGUCCUAUUAUUAUCACGUUUAGCAACAAUAUUUUUCACAAUAAUGUAUAUCGUACCAUUUUUUCAUUCUGAACCAAAUGUUUAUUAUACAAAAGCAUUAUUAGCAUCAAUUGUAACAUCAGGUUUACGUCUUCGUCAACGUAUACCAAGUUUCCAAUUAUCACGUGAAUUUUUAUUUUUCCUACUUCGUGAAGAUAGUGCACAUUAUUUAAUGUAUUCAUUCUUAUUUUUAAGUGGUAUACCAAUGACAAUUGUUCUUAUACCAUUAGCAACAUACGCUGUUUUACAUUCAUCUUCUUUUUUAUCACAAAUUCUAACAAAUUUUCCAGCAAUACAAUUAUUAUGUACUCGUGUUACAGAUAAUCAAAUUAAUUUACUUCGAUUUAUUGCCUUAAAUGAAAUAAUACUUAUGCCAGUAUUAAUUUUAUCGAUAUUUGUUGCACGUUCCAAUUUUCUAUUAAUUUUUAUGUACUAUCGAUUUCUUACAUUACGUUAUGCAUCACAUAGAAAUCCAUAUACACGUACAUUAUUUUAUGAACUUCGUCAAACUGUUGAAAAUUUGUGUAAUAAACCAGCAUGUCCACCAUUGAUUCAAAGAAUUUGUUUUAGUGCAAUUACUUUUAUCAAUCGAUUAGCUCCAGCAACUGCUUAA